UUCGAAUGGUGCUUGCAGCCUAAGUAGUUUGUGGCUUUUAAAAACUUCUAUACAGCAGUAAAUCGGUUUGUUUGGAGCAGUAAUGACUGUAUAAUAAAUGUGUGGUGCGCGUCUUCAGUCAACUCUACAGGAAGUCCAAUGGAGCUUUAAAACGGCAUUGAAUUGACCGCGAAAUAGAAAAGAAUGAAAAAAUAAUGCAGCGGUAAUUGACGGCGGCUUUAGCUUACCGACAAUGACAUAUUUGAGCAGAGCAACAUCUGGUCGCCCGUUCGCAAUCUCACCAUGGCUCUUUGUAAUACCACCGCUGGCGACUCUUGUUAACGUAGUCUCGGACAGCUUCUCUCGUUUGUACUUAUCAGCAUCCCUCGAGCUUUUCGCACUGGCUGACUCGUUGACCCAUUCGGUUGUUGGAGUUCUUCUUACAACCGUCGUGUUUGUACAUCGUCGACCUUUUCGGACGCUGCUCAUCACCUCGUGGUUGUGUUCAGCGCUUAUCGAUGUGGACCAUUUCAUUAGCGCCGGCUCCGUGAGCCUAUAUGCAGCCACUAGUAUUCAUGGGCAUGGUCGACCAUUUCUGCACGACACAGUAACUGUCGCCGCACUCUGUGUCAUUGUAAUCGUUAUUUGCGAGCUGGCUUACCUUUGGCGACGAAACAGCCGACAGGUUAAUAGCUGGGGAGAAGCAUUCCUUCCUAACAGUAGUGAUAGCACUAGUAGCAGAGCCGAAAACGCGCUGCGAGCACGAUUUUAUACGCCGUACGUGAUCACACUUUGUGUGUCGCUCCUUGCUCACCAUACGAGAGAUGCGCUUCGUCGAGGCUUCUGGUUCCGGCCUUUGAAUACAAGAGCGAUCUCUUAUCCAGAAAUGACGUUAAUUUUCUACGGUCUGGUUUUCGUAGGGAAGUUUUUUGCUGACGCAACAACAAAUAUUCCGAGGCGAAGCGUGUUCACGGUGUAGAUAAAUUUAGGCUGGUUAAUUCAUAUGAGGUAUAGUGAUUUGCAACGGUGUCCUGUAUGCUUCCAUUCCAUAGAAUACGUUUAAGGGAUAAAAGCUUUGUUUUGGCGUAACUAUAUAAUGCCGUGUACAUAGUUCAACUGUUAAUGCUAUUGAAAAGUACGAUAUUUAUAUGUUUACCUCUAAUUGUAUUCCUUAUGGAUAGGUAGCCAACCGCAAAGGUUCAUUCAAAUCAAAGAUUACCUAGAAACACUCUUUCUAAUUUAGCCCACUAUUAUGUAGAUCAUCGUGAUAUAAUCAAUGCGAUUUUAUACUCCAGUUACAUCAUUCUUAACAAAACUUUUUACGAUUGCGCUUACGGGUGGGUUAUAUCCAAGCGAUAAAAAGAGAAGCAAUGGCCAUUCAUUCACCGAGACGAAUCGCGUUGCGAAUAUGAUGUUUAUGUGGAGCGAGCUCUAAACUAAAUAAAUUCAUUAGAAGCUUCAGUAACGGUAGCUUCUAAGGAGCUCUAAUUGGACUUUCCAGUAGUUACUAGACUUCAAACUCAAGCCUGGCAUAGCUUUCAGAUGUAGGGAAGUCUGCCAGGAUCUGGAAGCCAGGAUCACAAGCAACUUUUCGGCUUUGUAGAUAUUAUUUUUGGUAUAAGUGGCUUCAGUUAGCUCUCGCAGAUGGCCGGCCAUAUAGCCUCGAGGGCGUUUGUGCUCUUGGCUUUAGUAAUAAACAAAAUGUGGCCGCAGCUAACAUAAUGACGUUUUCCUAGUUGAACAUAGACAUAUAUCAGCUUCUAGUUUACGUCACGGCACUAAAUAUGGCGCGAUCGGUAAAUUAUGUUUUUCAAUAUCUACUCCGCAGUAUCACCAUAGAAUUAUUUUUGGGGUUGAAUAGUUUAAGGACUGCGUUGCUUUAUUAUUCAUAGUCGAAAGAAAAAGUUUUCUUAAAAAUAAAAUGCAACCAAGGUAGUGGCGCUAGGCCAUACGAAAUUCGCCGUCGCGGAACUCGGAUACAACUAGAAGUAAAAACGCUUAUGGGUAUCUGACCCACGCGAGAAAUCUGUUUCCAAAUUAGCACUUGGUUUACGAUAGGGGUAGCGAUGGAUCUUGUCAAUGUGAAUACUACAGAGAAAUCCUGAAAGCAGCCUGAUAGGAAUUCAACAUGCGGGCCCGACAACGGCUACAGGCCUCUGUGCGGAGGAGAUAAGGCACGUAACCGAAGCGACCUUUCGAGUUUUGAGAACUGCUUUUUGGCAAAGUAAUGCAUCGAUCAAGUGGUAAUUUAAAAGAGCCAAAUCUGGUGAACCAACAACAUAAAGGAAAAACUAUAAACGUUUCCAUUCUUACGUAAUAUUCUGUACUACCUCAACGCCAACUUAUGGAUGGUUUAUAGGCCCUUAAGGAAGAAUAGGGGUGUCUCCAUGUGUUUGAUUUGUUUGUUAAGACUUUCACAUCUUUAAAAAUGGUCACUAAGACAUGAAUUAAUUAGAAUUAAUAGACAUACCGUCCUUUGACUAAUGCCAAUGUAAUGACCUAAAACAAAGGAUGAAUCGUAUAUAAUACCUUCAGAUGAUGAAAUCAACUCGGCUUGGAAGACAAUUUCGAAGCCAUUUUGUAUAUUCGGAGCAAAUCUACCAAUAAUUUCGGUGUAAAUAUACAGAUCAAAUAUCAGUGUUCCUUUUCUCCGGGUGACAGUGUCCAGUCGUCAAGUUCAUAUAGGCGAUAUUUUAUUUGCGCAGCAAGAGUCAGCAGUAUAUAAAACUUUCACCUUUCUUAUCCUGAGCUAGAAAUUAACUCACAUUCAGAACAUAUCUCAUUUACGUAUUCAUCGGAUCUAAUCCGAUAAAAAAAACAUUGUCUUUGUUAAGUAUACACUUUGUUUAUUGAGUUUUAAUUAAAUUUGAUUAAUACUUGAGCAAGGUAGUGAUUACGGAGCUACAUCGAUUAAUCAAUCAUAGAGAUAAUUGUUGUUUUUUGUUGGUUUUUUUCUCGUUUCAUCAAUACAUCGUAGAGAGACACAGCGGUUCGCGGCUUCUUACUCGUAAUUUAUAUUUACUUUCGUUACAUAUCGGGCUGCUGUCGGUUUGGCUUCUUUUGUCAAUCGGAUGUUGACUGGUGUUUCUUUGUCAUCUCGUUUGUUUUCGGCUUAAUAUUGGUAUUCGGUAUCGUAUUAGUGUGACGGUUGGUGAUCCUCCAUUUUGUGUCAGCAUUUUCUGCUGUUUUGUUUGGUAUAAUUGUCAGCGAAUAUCUGAAACUUGUUGUGCCCUGUCAUGUUUUCACUUGUUCCUCUCUCCAACUGGCCGUUAUGACGAUGUGACGAUGUUACCGUGUCAUUUUCGAAACGCGCAUCGUCUGGGGUCGCAAUCUCUAAAAUUCGUCGGCUGUCCGAAGGUAGCGCCUUAUCGUUUGUCGGUUUUUACGAAUGUUGAUCUUUUGUAAAGUGUUAUGAGUCCUUUCAUAAGUUAUUUGUUCGUGCUUUUUUUCUGUUUUUUUUUUUUACCAGCGAAUCCUAUGUUCUUUUAUGUUUUUAUUUAUUGGUCAGGUGCAGGCCAUCUGAAUAGGUAAGGGGAAAGACAGGGCCGACUAAGUCGAGAAACACAUGUUAUAUCGACCUAGCGUUCGCUUCACGUUUAUCUUUCGCUGAAAAGCGUUGAAGUGAUCGAAUUCUCAUUGUACCAUUAAUGUAACCAGGAUAACUGUGGCCUUGAAAUCAACUUGAAUUUAUUAUUUUUCCAAUACUCCAAAAACUGCUAUUCUUAUUUGUCACAUUUGACGUUUGAAAUUCAGGUAAGAUUGUUACCGAUCAUAUGCCAUUCUGGUGCCAGUUCCCUGCAGGCGUCUAUCUGAUGUAGUCAUCUACAAUCUGUGUUUUGUUUGAAUACAUGUCGAGGUUGGUGAGUUUGUGUAAUGCCUGUGUAGUUCGUAUGUGUUUCUGGGGUCUAUUUUCCUGCUUCGACUACUUAGCGUAAGGGUGGGGCUGGGCUUGCACGGAAAUUAGUUCUUGGGAAAGAGUCAGUCGUAGCAAUCAUAACUCAUCCUUGUUAAGGAAGUUAAAUUACGGAAGUAUUCACAUUUUGGGCCUCUCUAAUCGAGCCAGUCAGUGACAGCCCAUUCCAGUUCCAGUGAAAGGAAUUAGCCAUGCGCUAGACAACAACUGCGAAUGAUGCAAUCAUGCACAACCACGUCGCGUCUUGCCAUCGUGUUCAUUCCCAUUGGCUGACGCCUGGAGAAGGCGGCUUUACUGGCCUCGAGUCCUGUGCCCGUUUCGGGACCGUAUAAAAGAGACAUACGUCGUAAUGCGGCGUAUCUAUAAACGGGCUUGUCCGUUUACGCUCACAAUCAUACGCACAUACACACUUUUUAAACAAACGCGUUGAUAACGACAGAACCACGAAUGAGACUUGUGGGACACUACAGCGCCCAUUAGAUAUCUUGCGCUAUUCGACAGAACAUCCGCAUUCGACGCACGUCGAAUGCCUUUAGUGUCAAGUCGACAAAUUAGGAGGGUCGAGACCUGUUAAGGUACUACAUACAUUUUUCCAUGGAUAACACGACGUGUGCUCAUUGAGAUCAGCACAGCUCCGUCUUCUGGAAAAUUCUGGGAUCUGUCGUCAUCUGAACCUUGUUUCCCUUUCCCUUCCCCACUUCACAUUUUCUACCCAGCUUCUUUAUGGUCAUAAUGAUAACGCUCUUCAUUCUAUAAUAUUGUUCAGAGCAUACGUACGUUGCCGCAGUCUACCUAGGUAAGUAGGAGCUUCAUGCUCUUCGAGAGCUUUCGGCAGUUUCUUUCUACAUGAAUUAAGUAUAACGCCACGUCUCUGAGCCCCCGUUAGCGUCAAGCAUUGCAAUAUGUAAGAAUGUCAAUUCUAUGUUAUUUCCUAUAUUGUUGUAUGUUGUUUCAUCAUGGGUCUGUGAUAACUGGAAACGUGCCGGACUCCAAGAGUACAGGAGUGCGUUCCGUCUACCGAUGAACUUCCCAUACACAUUACAUACAUGUCGUUUAUAUAUUAUAAACCAGACCGGCACCGGGCUACUGACGCGUAGGCCAUUAAUGAAUCAUGGGUAGAGUUAGUUAGAACCAUAUGUACAACACGCGUGAAAACCCUGCAGCCCACUGGCCAUCCCAAAAUCCGUUGCUGUUGUUGUUAUUGUUUCUGUGUUAAGGCGACUGAUUCCCACAGUUCUCGAUAUUGCGGAGAGAAUUCGUGUUCGCUUUGAAAGGCCAAAGAAAUUGGCUAAAAUGUUAUUUUUGGUUAAAUUGUUUUUACUAAGGGCGCGCUCCCUCGCUCGCUGGUAUUCGGCUUUGGCCAUUCCCAGGCUGACGUUAUUUAAAGUUAAUUGAGAUUUUGUUUGGCACUGCGAAUUCUUAGUUACGCGGUAUUGUUUUGGAUAGGAUUUGCGUCUGUCAGUACGUUGUGUAUAUAACUGCUAACCAUUUUGUCUAUCUUACCAUUUAUUGAUAUUUUUAUUGUUCUUGCUGUUAUUGUUGUUUUUCGAAGAAAUGAGAAAAGCAUCCUCACACCAACCUUUUCAGAUGAUUUGUUUUUGUGAUGCGCCUGGCGCAAUCUGGUUGGAAUUCUGUGCGUGUAUUCGAUUGUGAAUUGAGAAGUUAAAUUGAGAGUCAAGUCUCUGUUUUGUCUGUUUUUCUGCCGACGGAAAAACUUUAUGGAACAGUGCAUCUUCAAUACGAUGAACGUAGUUGGAAUAUCCUUAAUGCGACCUAGGCGAAACAUGUAAAUAUAUAUUAUUUUAAGCCGGUACCCGUAUAAUGGUUGCAUUGCUUUUCUCUUGUGACUGACCCGCAUGCCUUACCAAGUUUUACAGUACAGGAUUUUGUUACACGCUCGAAUAAUAUUGUCAGUCAAUUCGGCACUGAUAGUUUUGUAGUUGAUAUUAAUUUCAAACGUUUCAUACCUCGAGUGUCCUUUCGAGUUCAACGAGGUCUAAUGGGAGUCCUUCGUUGCUUCGCUGUGAUUCAAAUUGCUGUUGAUGUCGAUGGUAGAUUUUCUGUGUAGACAUUGGCCGUCACUACCUUGUUAUGUUUUUGUCGAUGCUGACGUUACUUGCCUUGUCUAUAUUGUUAUUUCUGCUGUUGAUGUGAAUCAAUGUUCUCUCUUGCUCAUUUAAUUAUGGCGCUGCUUUUUGAACAUACAUUCAGUCAAGUUAUCAUUCAUCUUUAGUGUCUGUUUCGACUCUUUCGCAGGGACCAUUCACGUUAAACCGCAGGCAGAUACUCAUGAAACCUCAUGACACACACAUGUCUGCUACUGAUCAGUCACUCGCUCAAACGCUUACACAUUUAGUCACUCUUUCACACGUCCGAUCACCCUCUCAUAAUCUUCGUUACACCUUUUAUUGACGUUAUUUUCCUCUAACUGCCUCUAGGAUCUUCGUAUAUUAUGCACUACGACAAAUUUGAGUUUGUUGUUUGGAUUGUUUUGCUUCACUAAAAUCCUGUCUGCUUUUCUGUUUUCUGCGCUUACAGGAGUGUGUCCAUGUGAGUGUGCAUCUGCGUGGGUGUGCGUGUGUGUAUGUGCGUAUGUGUUUGGGUGUGUAUGUGCGUGUGACUCCUUAACCUCGGCUCCACCCAUCUUAUGGCUACAUCAAUCAGUCUCCGUUUAUCAUCUUUAUCAUCAUAUAUAUCCACUGUUUCCUGUGUCUCUUCCCAUUAGUUCGACUCAAUUAUAAUUGAUAAUAAUAUACCUUUAUAAUAUUGUUUUUUCAAUAUCAGUCAUUUAUUGUCAUCGUAUCAUCUGCAUCAACGCCUUCAUUAUCAUCAUUAGUUCCUGUUAUUAUCAAUUCAUUGUAAUUGUAAUAUCUCUCUAGCGACAGCUGUG